GUCACAGAUCUUGAGGACCUCUUGAGUGGCGUGACAGACCUCAGAGAGGACAGCACGAUGCGCAUUUCUCCCAAGGCGGAGAAGAUGAACUCAAACGACAUGACGAUGUCGAUGACCUCGGAGUAUGCGGGCAAGUUGUCGCCGAGCUACGCAAACAGCCACCUCAAGGCGCAGGCAACUGUCGAGCAGCUGUUGAGCGAAUACGCCCCGGGCCGCACUGAGUUGAUGUUGAUCAGGCUCAAGUCGGGCUUGGACUACUUCGCUGGUUUUCUGGUCCUCAUGAACUCAAUGGUCCUCCUCCUUCAGUUCGAGAUGGAGGGAAG